AAUGGACUACGACAAUAAAGGAUGCCAAAGCCCACCCGAAGGUCCAAAGCUAUGCAUCAACAACAGCGGUUUCUUCGGAAGCGACGCCACAAUGAACAUGUGUUCCAAGUGUCACAAAACUAUCUUGUUUCAACAGGAACAGGGUGCUAAGCUUGCAUCUGCACUGUCUGGAUCACCCAGCAACGUCCUAAAGGAAACCUUCACUGCUGCGUUGGUUGAUGCUGAAACCAAAACCACCGAGCCAAUAGCUGUCUCUGUACAGCCAUCCUCUGUCUUCGAAGAGGUAGUAGCACCAGAAGAAGCUGCAGCAAAACCAAAGGAAGGACCAAGCCGAUGUACUACUUGCAACAAACGGGUUGGUUUAUGA